AUGGACAGGACAAGGUUGCUCCAAGCGAGCAAACUGCGAUAUUUACUACAGCUGCCAUGCGGAGAGGCGCGAAUUUGGAUGCGGAUUUGUAGUAAGCCGGAGACUUCGCCACAACGUCUCAAUUUCACCCCAGUGAGUAAACGGCUGGCUACAAUCCGCGUCAAAUCUAGAUUUUUCAAUCUUAGCAUAAUUUGCGCGCACGCCCCGACGGAGGAGAAAGACGAUGCUGCUAAGGAUGCAUUCUACGCGAGACUCGAGGACACAUACGACCGCUGCCCAAACCACGACGUGAAGAUCAUUCUCGGGGACUUCAACGCAAAGGUUGGGCGCGAACGCAUCUUUGACCGCACCGUCGGUCAAUUCAGCCUCCAUGAGACCACCUCGAACAACGGUUUCAGGCUGAUUGACUUCGCCGCGGCGCGAAACAUGGUAGUGAGUAGCACCAGAUUUUGGCACCUCGACAUCCACAAGGCCACAUGGCUGUCCCCUGAUCAAAAAACGCGCAACCAGAUUGAUCAUGUUGUGAUAGACGGAAGGCAUGCCUCAAGCGUGAUGGACGUGCGUACGUUUCGUGGAGUCAACAUAGACUCGGACCAUUAUCUUGUCGCAGCCAAGAUACGCAUGCGGCUAUGCCGAGCGAAAAACGUACGUCCUAUCACGCAACGAAAGCUUGACGUCACUAGGCUGCGAUCACAACGGACAGCAACAGCCUACUCCACUCAACAACUGCUCCACCAACCUACCCCUCUUCCUGUUGACGCCAGUGGACUCUGGGCGCACAUAUCCCACUCCAUCCGAGCUGCCGCUGAAACAGCCAUUGGGUUCAAGCGCCCACCCACACGGAACCAAUGGUAUGACGAGGAGUGUCGCGUCGCAGCUGCGGUAAAAAACGCCGCCUACAGAAGAACGCUGCAGUCUGGCGCAACGCGAACUACGUGUGAACGUUACAGGGAGAAAACGAAGGAAGAGAGGCGACUUUUUAGACGGAAAAUACGGGAGCAAGAAAAGCGAGAGUGCGAGGAACUCGAGGUGUUGCAGGACAGAAAUGAUGCUCGAAAAUUUUACCAACAAGUCAACCGUCUGACACAAGGUUUCAAGACCGGAGCAUGUAACUGUCGAGAUGAAAAUGGGAAUCUGGUUACAGAUACGCAGUGCACGCUGAGGUUAUGGAGGGCGAAUUUCUCCAAGCUGCUAGCAGGCGAUGACGGCACCAAUCCCGCCAUUGGAGGAAGCAGCCCGAUAGCACCAAUCGAUGACAAUGUGGAUAUACCACUACCUAGCCAUGACGAGGUCCGAGUUGCUAUUAUGCGACUCAAAACAACAAAGCAGCCGGUGCUGAUGGACUGCCUGCAGAGUUGUUUAAUGCCGGCGGCGAAGAGCUGA